UGGCGCAGGAGGCGGGUUUGUCGAAAAACGGGUGGGGUAAAAUGACGUAUGCUGCAGUGCCGGUAACUGUGUGAGAGUCAGUAGUUCGGUGCUGUUUAAGUUAGUAAGUUAUUUUACGUUGUAUAGAGACCUGCUGAAUCGGGCAAGGUGACACGACUAGUGUGGUGUGAUAGGAUGUCGAGUCACACGCUGCUGCUUCUGUAUGGGAGUCAGACAGGUACAGCCCAGGACACGGCUGAAAGAAUUGGACGUCAGGCAAAAAGGAGGAGGAUCGGAGUCCGAGUGCAAGCUCUGGACACAUACAAUGUGGCAAACCUGAUAUCGGAGACUCUUGUGGUGUUUAUUUGCUCCACCACAGGGCAAGGAGACCCUCCGGACAACAUGAAGAACUUCUGGCGGUUUCUGUUCAGGAAGUCCUUACCCUCGGGUUCGCUUUGUCGCCUAGACUAUGCAGUGCUCGGCCUUGGUGACUCCUCAUAUCCUAAGUUUAACUUUGUGGCUAAGAAGCUCCAUAAGCGUCUGCUGCAGCUUGGUGCUAAUGCGUUACUUUCUGUUGGCCUGGCAGAUGAUCAGCAUGAUCUAGGGCCGGAUGGAGUGAUCGAUCCCUGGUUAAAUUUGUUCUGGCAAAAGGCUCUGGCUCUUUAUCCUCCACCGGCUGACUUAAGCCCCUUUCGUGACGAAGAUCCACUUCCUCCUCGAUAUGUUUUCCACUUCCUGGAUGAUGCUACAGAGAAGCCGUUUAUGAAGCCCAUGCUAGCAGAUUGCCAGACCCUGCCCUCCUCAUCCCACCCCUUCCCAGGACGAGUGGUGUCCAAUCAGAGAGUAACUGCCUCUGGUCACUUCCAGGAUGUGAGGCUUAUCGAGUUUGACAUCACAGGCUCAAACAUUCAGUAUAGUGCAGGUGAUGUGGUGAUGAUGAGGCCGUGUAAUUCCCCAGAAGAUGUGGAGCUAUUUUGCCAGCUACUGAGACUUGACCCUGACCAUUACUUUGUGCUCAAACCUACAGAUGAGAAUGCAGCUCCCGUCCCCACGCGUCUCCCACAGCCGUGCUCCAUCAGGUUUCUGGUGCAGGAGUUCUUGGACAUCGCCGCAGUGCCGCGCCGUUCUUUUUUUGAACUGCUUGCUACGUUCGCCACUAAUGACCUGGAACGAGAGAAACUGGCUGAGUUCAGUUCAGCACAGGGUCAAAACGAGCUGCACAGUUACUGCAACAGGCCACGGCGCACGGCUCUGGAGGUCCUGGCAGACUUCCCUCACACGACAGCCGAGCUGAACGUCAACUAUCUGCUUGAUUUGUUUCCUGAAAUCCAGCCACGCUCGUUCUCCAUAGCAUCCUCUCUCCAGGCUCAUCCUAAUCGGAUCCAGAUCUUGGUGGCUGUGGUGAAAUAUAAAACCAAACUUCACAAGCCACGGAAAGGCCUCUGCUCCUCCUGGCUGGCAUCUCUAACCCCUUCUCAUGGUGACAUUUGUGUGCCUUUAUGGGUGAAGAAGGGUUGCCUGAAGUUCCCUCAGGACCCUGAGAGCCCUGUGAUAAUGGUAGGACCUGGAACAGGAGUAGCUCCGUUCAGAGCAGCUAUACAGGAGAGAAUAGCUGAUGGGAAGACAGCGAACGUCCUGUUCUUUGGCUGCCGCUCUGAGUCCAAAGACUUCUACUGUCGUGAUGAAUGGGAGCAGAAAAUCCAGGCAGGUCACAUGACCCUGUUCACAGCCUUCUCCAGAGACCAGGAGGAUAAAGUCUAUGUUCAGCACAGAGUAAAGGAACAGGCCAAGCUGCUGUGGGAUCUGAUUGUGAACAAGAAUGCAUUCUUCUAUAUAGCAGGGAAUGCCAAGCAGAUGCCCACAGCAGUGUGUGAUGCACUGAAGGAGGUUUUUCAGCAGAUGGGAGGUGUGACCGAGAGCCAGGCUCAGGAAAUGCUGGACACCAUGGAGAAAAGCAGUCACUUCCAGAGUGAAACCUGGUCCUGAUCAGCACAUGUAGACAUGCAUACUGUAUUUAGGGUAAACAUGGACUUCAGUGCCAAACCUGUGCACUCGUGUUAUGCAGCUGAUGACAGUUCUUAUAGAUUGAGGCUAUAGUUUGACUUUAAAGGAAAAUUCUCGUAAAUCACUGAUACAAGUGUUUUUUUUUUUAUUGCAUUUCAAUUCCAGUAACGAUUAAAUAGGCCUUCUGUUCGAAUAUUUAUUAAGUGAGUAAACAAGAAGCCAAAAUGUUUUCCACAAUGCCUCUCUGAAAUCACCAUAAACUGCUUUGUUCUUGUGUGUCAACCAAUUCAAUUCUAACAAGUCCAGUAUUUCUGGUGCUGAUCCAGAAGUGGACUAGGAAAGGACCAAGUUAUGCAAAAUAAAGCUGCACUGUUCUGCUGCAGCUCCAGUAUGUUUUAAAUAAAUGCCAAACGAUUUGGUUUUGCUUCUAA